GAUUGUUUUUCUCUGUGUCAUAUGUUCUCUGUCCUAUCCCUGGGGCCCUUGCAAAGCACUCUAAAAAUGUACCUAUAUAUCUAUAUCUAUAGCUUUCCUAUGGGGUUGCCCUCCUCUUCAGCUUCUUCUAGCCUUUCUCUAAUUCAACCACAGGAGUUUCAGACUUCAGUGCAAUGUUUGGGUGGUUUUUGCUUGCACUUGAUUUUCAAGGAUUUUAAGUUGAGAAGAUGAUCUCUCAGUUUCCUGAGGCUACCAGGCCUGCUGAUUGCUGCCAUGUCUCCCUGCCAUGAGGACUCUUAUUCUACUGGAACCAUAAUCAAACAAGUUCCUGUGUAUUGCAGAAUAAAAUGUAUACUCCUUGGUAUUGGGUGAAACAUUCUAUAUACGAAAUAAACUUCCACUAUCCUCUUAAGAUGAAUACACUCUCCACUUAUGUUCUCACUCAAAAAUGUCCUUUAUUUCCAAGCUGGGCUUGGAGUCCUGGCCAACAUGUUUCUUCUUUGUUUCUAUAUUUACAUAAUCCUUGGUCACAGACCGAAGCCCACGGACCUGACUUCCUGCCAACUGACCUUCGUUCACAUAAUGAUGCUCCUUACUGGAGGGGAUAUUUUGCUUACAGACUUACUUGCAUCACUGAACACUGAGAAUGACUUCAAAUGUAAGGCAACUUUUUAUAUAAACAGGAUGAUGAGAGGCCUCUCUAUCUCUGCCACCUGCCUCCUGAGCGUGUUCCAGGCUGUCACAAUCAGUCCCAAUACCUCACUGUUGGCAAAUUUUAAACAAAAAGUAAAAAAAUACAUGAUCAGUGCUUUAUUUUGUAUUUGGUUUUUCAAUUUCUCUGUCAGUACUGACAUAAUAUUCUAUGUUGGUGGUUUUACCAAUGUGAGUGAGAACAAACAGAUAAUGGUCACUAAAUCUUGCUCACUCUUACCCUUGAACUACAUCAUCAGAGGAUUGAUUUUAACAAUGACCAUCUUAAGAGACGUGUUUCUUGUAGGAGUCAUGCUGACUACAAGUGUAUACAUGGUGAUUUUCUUGUUCAGGCAUCAGAGGCAAUGCAAGCAUCUUCAUAGCAUCAGCCACCUGAGAGCCUCCCCUGAGAAAAGGGCUACCCAGACCAUCGUGCUGCUGGUGGUUUUCUUUGUGGUCAUGUACUGGGUGGACUUCAUCAUCUCAUCCACCUCAGUCCUGUUAUGGAUGUAUGACCCAGUUCUCCUGACUGCUCAGAAGUUUGUGGUGAAUGCCUAUCCCACAAUUACUCCUUUGGUACAAAUCAGUUCUGAUAACAGAAUAAUCAAUAGGCUGAAAAACCUACAGUCACAAUGACAUCUUAUAUAUUUUCAAAAGUAUGUUUUCUUUCUUCUUUAAAAAGCUAGAUUUAUAUGUGUAAGUAUUGUGCCAGAGUGUAUUCAUGUGUGCAUUUCCGGUGUCCACAGAGGUGAGAAGAUGUCAUGGAAUCCCCUGGAGUUGGAUUUACCACUGGGUAUCAAGAAUCAUCCUCUGUUGCCCCAGUUUUUUUGUUUCCAAA